AUGCCUCUCACCGACCUCCUGCGCAAUCGUAAGAAGCGAUCCAAGAAACCGCUAGAUUGGUCGCCUGCUUGUACGGCCGCUUUCGUUGAAGUCAAAGAGAAACUAGCGCAGAUUACGGUAUUGGCCUAUCCAAAUUCAGAUUAUCCUCUGAGUUUGAUGGUCGACGCAUCAGACCGUGCUAUUGGUGGAGUUAUUCAGCAACUCCACGACAAUGCAUGGGAGCCGAUUGCAUUCUUCUCGCGGAAAUUGCUACCUGCUGAAACAAGGGUAGAUUCCGUGCGCAAACCGCUACAACAGCCAUACAAAGGACCUUAUAAGCUUAUCAAUUUAGACAUUUAUAUAUUUCCCCUCUCAUACAACUUCUUUUUGUUUUCUUUUUUUCUCAUUUUCUUGCCUCCAGACAAUGAUAUUGACAUCCAUCUUCUACCAGACCUCAAUGAAGAUAGCAUCAAGGAGCUAAUUCCAAAGAUUGGAAAAAGAAUCAAAUUUACCAAAGGAUGGAGAGAAGAGUUCAAACAACCUGCUACAUCCCCAGCAUCUACAGUGAGUUUGGGUGAGGGUUUUGAACUGUCAGACAGUGCAGACACUUCUUCGGACCAACAUGACUGGCAGGCAGAUGAUCACAUAGCACCACAACGGAAAGGGACAAAGACGGUCACAUAUUUUUUGAGGCCCAUCCUAUCUUCUGUCAAGGGUGGCCCCAGAAUUAUAAAGGAUAUUGACAAGCACAAGUUUUGCAGCAAACCCAACAGAAGGAUUCUUGUGGACAUCUGCACGCAGUACGUGAUGCAGCAUCAUGGAGAAAAACCUUCUUCUGGAGUGAAGGCCGCUAUGGCUAGUGCCAUAAUUACAGCUUUUCCAUGCUUGCGUGAUCCUGACUCUCCAUAUGGCUAUGAAGCCUGGUACUGCCAAGGAGCCAAGGGGCGUCCAGCAACGGGAUACCUCGAGGAGCACCUAAGGUAUUUGAGAAAGAGGACUGGUCGCCUGAAGAAGACUGAAAGUGCGGAAAAUGUUGCUUCCUCAGCAGAAAAGCAGAUCGUCAAACCAAUGCCAACCGAAACUCAGUCAUCAGAACCUUCGGCAGAGGAUCAGGGGCCUCCAGAAGUUGAUAAAGAUACUGCAGCUAAAAUUGAAUGGCUCAAGCAUAACAAGCAGCCUCGAGAACAGGUUGUUGCCUACAUGAAGGAAACAGUAAUGCACCGACAGAAGUGGAUAAAAGCUCAUCGGGACAAUAUCAGCACCAUCCUGGCAGAGUAUCCUCACAUGAUGCAAGCAGAAAUGGUUGAGCAAGACUUCAAGACAUUCCAUGAAGGCAAAGAGAACGGCUUGUACAUAAAGUGGCCACAGUAUAAGGAGCAGAUUAUCCAAUACGCCAACCGUUCCGUACUGUGGAAGGCAGCACUACAUCUUGAUGGAAUAGAUGCAGAGAGGCUGAACCCUGAAGAGAAGACAAACCUUGCCUUGGUCCUCCUACCGGCUAUUCUACGUGGAAGAAAAGCUAAGGGUGGUGUGUGCACUGUGCAGGAGACGCUCGACUCUUUCAUAGAUGUUCAGCCCGAGGUGGUGAACAUUGAGGAAUUCAUGAAGUCGAUCGACGGCCAGCAGCGCUCCCAACCGUUCAUAAUGGCCAGGGGGAGCAAGAUCAAUCCUGCACAGACAUACGUGAUAGUCGAGAGGCACGCCAUCGAGACAGCAAGCCUGCUUGCUGCUGUAGAUGUAGCGUUCAAGAGUACUUUUGUAUUCGAUGUUGACUACCAGCGGCAAUGUUGCCAAGUCUGGCAUUUCUUGCAGAGUGUCGUGUAUGGUAUGGGUGAUGUAGGUGCCAAUAUUACACCUAAAAUUCGUGAUCUGAGGGCAUUUCUUGCAACUAAGGACAUCAGUUGAAGCUAAAGCUAUAUGAUAUCGCACAAACUUUUCCCUUCUAAAGUUUUGGGAGCCCAACUAAUUUGAUGGCAAAUUAGAGAUCCAAGUGAAACAUCGAUUGAAAAACCCACCUCAGGAUUCACACUUUUAUAAUGUUAAUCUAUUAGCCCAGCUCUAUAGUGAUGUAUAAUUUCCUAUGUUUUAGUUUGCAUCGCAUAGCUACUUUAAGUUGUAUGGGAAAAAAUAUCAUUAAACAAUCAUUUCGGCAAGGAUUUAAACCAAAAAAAUGUGUUUUAAGAUGAAUAUCGAUAAAAGAAUAUCAAAUUUGAAUAUUCCUUGUACAGCAAACAUUUAAAUUCUGUAUUUUUUCAUUGAUAUCAUGUGUUUAUGGUGUUUGGAAUAGAUAAAUUAUGAACAGAUCUGAAGCCAUUAUCUCAUGUAUCAGAAUUGUGUGUACAAUUGCAUAAUCAUUUCCAGAAAUAAUGCCUACAAAUAAGAAUAGGUAUAAUAUUACACGUAUAAUUAAACAUUAAUUUACAAGUUGUAGUUGUUUUCUUGACUUUCCUGAUUUGUAGUCUGAUCUAUUUCCACAUGCACUAUUUCAGUCAAUGUGUUGUGAUGUACAACUAUAUCAAGCUCUUUCGGAUUUUUGUUAUGUCGAUAUUCAGAACGUCGCAGCACUUUUGAAGAGAAAGAAAAUUAUUUUGUUUUAUUUAAGGUUGGUGAAAAAUUAGAGGGUUUGGAUUGCAUAUUUUUAAAAGUGUUGAAUUACAAAAAUAGGUAUACAUGUUGAAAAAGAUAUGCAACAAAUCAAAAUUGUACACAGCCAUUUUUUUUUCUUGCACUGAUGCUCAUUAUGUAUUUUUUAUAAUUAUAUGCACUACAUUCUCACAAGAUGGAGAUGUGUUUACAGGAGUACGCUUUAAUCGUUAUACUUCACUUUGUUGUUGUUAUAUCUUUCAAUAAGUACGAGUAUUAAAUAAACCAAUGCAUGUUUUGAUUUUGUUUGGAAUUGAUAAGUAUAUGAAAAGAACUCAAACCAUUUUGUAUCAGAAUCGUGUGUGAUUGCAUAAUCAUUUCCAGUAAUAAGGCCUACAAAUAAGGAUAGGUAUGAUAUUGCACUGUAAUUAAACAUUAAUUUACAAGUUGUACAUGUAGUUGUUUUCCUGACUUCUCUGAUUUCUAGUCCGAUCUUCUUCAGUCAGUAUACAAAUUAUUUAUAAAGGUAUAUGAUGCCAUUAUACAUCAAACUUUAAUUGUUAUAUUUAUUUUGUUGUUUAUUGUAUUUUUGUUUUGUUGAAGAAUAUAUAUACACUCUGUUCAUAACAGGCAAUUGUUCUCAUCUGUUAUAUUUGUAGUUAUAUUGUCCGUAUAUAACAUGCUGUACUUUGCCCUUGCAGUUUAUCCUUCUUGGAUCCCCCAUAUUGCCCAUUUACUGUCAGUUACAUGCAUUGGAUUCAAUGCUGAGUAAAAUGUACAUCAAGCUGAGUAAAAAAAGAGGAAAGAUUGCCCAGUAGUUUCUUUUGAUAUUUUUACCCAUUUUGUUUUUGCCCAACGUGGCCUUGGAUCCAUAUGAACCCUCAUGCUGGGUAAGAGUUGGGUAAAGGUUGGUAAAACAGGAGGUUGGGUAAAUGUAUGGGCAAUGUCUAACUGGGCAAUGGAAUUGGGUAAUGAAUAUUGACCAACCGUUUUGCCCAAUUAUUGCUUUUCCAUGUACUAGGUGGGUAAUAAUUGGGCAAUAUUCCUGGUCAAUUCGUUGGGUAAAUGAUUUACCCAACUCAAUUACCCAGUCUAUUUCCUAGGUGGGUAAUAAUUGGGCAAUAUUCCUGGUCAAUUCGUUGGGUAAAUGAUUUGCCCAACUCAAUUACCCAGUCUAUUUCCUAGGUGGGUAAUAAUUGGGCAAUAUUCCUGGUCAAUUCGUUGGGUAAAUGAUUUGCCCAACUCAAUUACCCAGUCUUUAUAUUUAUACCCAAUAGUAUGGUAAUAGUUGGGUAAACUAUGUUGGGUAAUAUGGUUGGGUAAUCUUAAGAUGGGUAAUUAGAUGGGCAUUUAAGUUUGCCCUAAAGUGGGUAAAUUACGAAAAGGGCAAAGUUUACCCAAAAGUUGGUUGGACUCAUAACUGCCCUCAUGUUGGGUAAAUUUUGGGUAAAAUUUUGCCCAAUAUUUUUAAGAGUGUACUACUACAUAACUACUAUUGUACAACUAUGCUACCUCUUCCUUAUACUGUAUAAAACUGGGCCUGAAUAUUAAAGUGAAUGAAACAAUCAGGGAAAAUGUUUUAUUUUAUAUAAAUUAUUUGCGGCUGUAUCGAUUGUAUUUGCGAUAUUGGAUUUAAGUAACAAAAAAAUCUAUAUUUUACAGAAUGGUGGAAAUCUAUCAGCAGAAGAGAUUUCUCUUUACUUUAAUACUAUAAUGUUGGCGUAAUAAAUCUAUCUGUAUGAAUGUUCUCUAAUAAUUCGUAGAAAGCCUCUCACCAUGAUAUAAACAUAAUGUAAGAUUUGUAAUUAUACUUUGCACCGUUUACAAUUCAUUUCUAUAUGCAAUAUCGUGUAUACAAUAAAUGAGAUCAAGUUUAUAUUUACACGCAUAUAUUGGCAAAUUAAUGUAGAUUAUAUAUUCAUAUCUCCACCUGUUCAUUAAGUACUAUUACAUUGCUUCAAUUCCUUUUCAGAGGGACUUAUGAUGAAUUCAAGGAAGAAAAAUAAACUGGUUCUUAAGAUGUCUUAUAAACAUUCUUAAAACAAAGAAAAUCAGAACAGUAUACUUGUCAAACAAGUUAUUGUCAAACAAUACCUAGUUAUUGUCAAACAAUACCUAUACAAAAAGACCAUUUUUACCAGCAAAUAUUUUAUUUUUCGAAUAAAAUGGUAAUAAGCGGUUAGCAUCUUCCCCUUGGAGGAGAUCACAUA